UGUAUUUUGACUCCGUUAGACAUGUCCUGGCAAACAUUCGAGUUUAUCCACGUCAUAAAAAUGUAAACAAUGAAUUAAUACGCAGUUUGGAUGAGAAUGUUGUGCUGCUGUAAUGGACAUCGUUCAGCGCAUUGUCAUAUCCUGAUAUUGAACGACUUAGACACAUAAAGCUCAGAAUUGAAGCAACAAAAGCGCUCCUAUGUUGGUAAAAGAAGAUGAAAGGACAUGAUUUGGGAAAGGACUGUCUGGCAUCUGGUUCUGCGUACAGGGCCGUACCGUCCAGAGAGAACUUACCUGUGACUGAGGGAGACCAGAACAAACUAUCUAAAGUCCAGGAUGCUUUUGAAACAGCUGCGAGAGCCGAGGGUGGCCUAUCAUUGGAUGGGGGCAAUAUCGCUCACGAAAAGGAGUUGGAGGAUGAAGUCGGGAGAAGCAAAUACCACCACAGUGUCAGCGUACUGAAGCCCUUUCGCUCUACCAGCAAGCAUCAGCAUCCGGUGGACAAUGCCGGCCUCUUCUCUUUUAUGACAUUUAAUUGGUUGACCUCAUUGGCUGUGUUGGCCCAUAAGAAGGGUCAGCUGUUCCUGGAGGAUAUAUGGGCCGUGUCGCAGUUCGAGUGCUGUGAGACCAAUCAUCGCCGGCUGGCCAGGCUGUGGGAUGAAGAGGUCAAGUCACGAGGGGACGGGGCGUCUCUUCGUCGUGUGGUCUGGCUCUUUUGCCGCACACGUCUGCUGCUGUCCAUCCUCUGCCUUAUGGUUACUCAACUCGCAGGCUUCAGUGGCCCAGCGUUUGUGGUGUGGCGGUUACUGGAGUAUACGCAGAUGAGUGAACCAGACCUACCCUACGGCCUGCUGCUGGUGCUGGGUCUAUUGGCCACCGAGAUGAUUCGCUCCUGGUCCCUUGCCCUCACCUGGGCACUCAACUACCGCACCGGCACCCGCCUGCGUGGAGCCAUCCUGACGAUGGCAUUCCACAAGAUACUGCGGCUGCGCAGUCUACGAGAGAAAAGCAUGGGAGAGCUGAUCAAUAUGUGUUCGAGCGAUGGGCAGCGCAUGUUUGAAGCUGCUGCUGUCGGCAGCCUGUUGGCAGGAGGCCCCCUGGUGGUCGUACUAGGAAUGGCAUACAACUUGUUUGUAUUGGGGCCAACCUCUCUGCUAGGCUCUGCCGUAUUCAUCCUCUUCUACCCUACUAUGAUGUUUAGUUCCAGGCUGACGGCUUACUUCAGGAGGAAAGGAGUGGCCGUGACUGACCAGCGUGUUCAAAAGAUGAAUGAGAUACUGAACUACAUCAAGUUCGUUAAGAUGUACGCCUGGGUUAAGGCCUUCUCACAAGCUGUGCGAAGAAUAAGAGACGAGGAGCAUCAGAUCCUGGAGCGAACAGGAUAUUUUCAGAGCAUAACAGUUGGCGUUGCCCCCAUCAUCGUGGUGAUCGCUAGUGUGGCGACAUUCUCCACCCAUAUGUUGCUGGGUUAUGACCUUACUGCUGCACAGGCGUUCACGGUUGUGACUGUUUUCAAUGCCAUGACCUUUGCCCUGAAGGUCACCCCAUUUUCUGUCAAGUCUCUCUCUGAGGCAUCUGUUGCCAUAGAUAGGUUCAAGAGUGUACUCCUGAUGGCCGAAGUAAAGAAGAUCCGUGAACUUCCACGGAAUUCUUCUGUUGCCAUAGAGAUGAUUGGUGCCAGUCUGGCUUGGGAAACGGGGGGUCACAGUGCACAGCCCUCGCCCCGCGGUACGCCUUACGUUGGCCUGGGCCUGAAAGGGGGACGCAAGAAGUGCCGACAACAUGAUGCUCCAAGACAUCACGGGAUAUUGGAGGAGGAACAGCAUGGUCAACUGUUGAAUGAUGUGUCUGGAGACAUGGCCUCCAGCCCAGACGAUCAAACCCUUCAAGUUCCAACCAUCAGCCAACGGCUGCAAAGAACUCUCCACUGCAUCAAUCUCACUAUACAAAAGGGGAAGCUGGUUGGUGUCUGUGGCAGUGUGGGAAGUGGCAAAACAUCUCUCACCUCUGCCAUUCUUGGCCAGAUGACUCUUUUAGAGGGAACCGUCGCUGUUAAUGGAGAUUUUGCAUACGUGGCUCAACAGGCCUGGAUUCUUAAUGCAUCCUUCCGUGACAAUAUCCUGUUCGGCAAGGAAAUGGAGGAAGAGAGGUAUCAAGCUGUUUUGAGUGCUUGCUGCCUGAGACCAGAUCUGGCCAUCCUCCCUAAUGCUGAUCUGACUGAGAUUGGAGAACGUGGUGCCAACCUCAGUGGUGGGCAGCGCCAGCGGAUAAGCCUGGCUCGAGCUUUAUACAGCAACAGGGACAUUUACAUUCUCGAUGACCCUCUAAGUGCUCUGGAUGCUCAUGUCGGAAAUCACAUCUUCAACAACGCCAUAAGGAAGCAGCUGCGUGGCAAGACCAUCAUCUUCAUCACUCACCAGCUUCAGUAUCUGGUGGACUGUGAUGACGUGAUCUUCAUGCGUGAUGGCAGCAUCACAGAACAAGGCAGCCAUGAGGACCUGAUGAAUAUGAAUGGAGACUACGCUGCCAUUUUUAACAACCUUCAACUUGGAGAAACACCAUUCAUUGAGGUUCCGAAUAAGAUCUCUGGGAGUUCCUUGAAGAAACCUUUAGAGACCAAGAAGGCAGGAUCUGUCAAAAAAGAAAAAUCAGCCAGCCAAAAUGAAGGUCAGCUGAUACAGGUGGAAGAGCGAGGGAAGGGCUCAGUGCCCUGGGCGGUGUAUAAAGUGUACAUCCAGGCUUUAGGAGGGCUGCCCGUCUUCUUCCUCAUCCUAGCCCUUUUUGUUCUCAAUGUGGGCAGCACAGCCUUCAGCAACUGGUGGCUUAGCUACUGGAUCAAACAGGGCAGUGGGAACACCACAGUGCAGGUGGGGAACAGUUCAGUAUUGAGUGAAAGUAUGCGAGAUAACCCACAGAUGCAACAUUAUGCUGCUGUCUACACUAUGUCUAUGGGUAUCAUGCUCCUUCUCAAACUACUGCGAGGCAUUGUGUUUGUCAAGUGUACUCUCCGUGCCUCCUCAAGACUUCAUGACGAACUUUUCCAGAAGAUUCUUCGUAGUCCCAUGAAAUUUUUUGACACAACGCCCACAGCACGCAUACUCAACAGGUUCUCCAAAGACAUGGAUGAAGUGGACACACGUUUGCCUUUCCAGGCCGAAAUGUUCAUUCAGAACGUGAUUCUGGUGCUAUUUUGCCUGGGUGUGAUUGGCAGCGUGUUCCCUUGGUUCCUGGUGGCAGUGGGGCCACUGGUGCUGCUCUUUACUGCACUGCAUGUGGUUUCUCGGGUCUUUAUUCGGGAACUCAAGCGAUUUGAUAACGUCACACAGUCGCCUUUCCUGUCCCACAUUGCCUCCAGCAUUCAGGGCCUAACAACGGUGCAUGCAUAUGGCAAAGAGGACGAAUUCCUGAACAGGUAUCAGGAGCUGCUGGAUCAGAACCAGGCUCCCUUUUAUCUGUUUAGCUGUGCCAUGCGCUGGCUAGCUGUGCGUCUGGAUGUGAUCAGCGUGGCUCUCAUUAGCAUCACAGCUUUGAUGAUUGUCCUCAUGCAUGGCCAGAUUUCUCCUGCCUACGCAGGCCUGGCCAUUUCCUAUGCUGUGCAGCUCACUGGAUUAUUUCAGUUUACUGUUCGUUUGGCCUCUGAGACUGAAGCUCGUUUCACCUCAGUAGAGCGGAUCCAUCAGUACAUCAAGUCUAUGUCACUGGAGGCCCCUGCCAGGGUGAAAAACAAGGCUCCUCCAUCUGACUGGCCCCAGGAGGGUGAGAUUGUGUUUGAUGGAACAGAGAUGAGGUACAGAGACAACCUUCCCCUAAUACUAAAGAAAGUUUCCUGCACCAUUCGACCAAAAGAGAAGAUUGGGAUUGUGGGACGAACAGGCUCAGGAAAGUCGUCUUUGGGAGUGGUUCUCUACCGGCUGGUUGAACCUUGUGGUGGCUCCAUUAAGAUUGAUGGUGUCAACAUCUGUGACAUUGGCCUUGCAGAUUUGCGCAGCAAACUGUCAAUCAUUCCUCAGGAGCCAGUGCUUUUCAGUGGUACAGUCAGAUCCAACCUGGAUCCAUUUAACCAGUAUUCAGAAGAGCUAAUCUGGGAUGCCCUGGAGAGGACACACAUGAAAGAAUGUGUGUCUCAGCUGCCUCUAAAGCUGGAGUCCGAGGUGGUUGAAAAUGGAGAGAACUUCUCUGUGGGUGAGAGGCAGCUGCUCUGUGUGGCCAGAGUUCUUCUGAGACAGUGCAAGAUCUUGAUCCUGGAUGAGGCCACUGCGGCUAUGGACACAGAGACUGAUUGUUUAAUUCAGGAGACAAUUCGUAAUGCUUUCCAGGACUGCACCACUCUGACUAUUGCACACAGACUGCACACGGUGCUCAACUGUGACCGUAUCAUGGUGCUCAAUCAGGGCCAGGUGGUGGAAUUCGAUGAGCCGUCCAAGCUUCUGGCCAAUGAAAACUCCCGCUUCUGUGCAAUGCUAGCAGCAGUGGAGAACAAAAUUUCUGUAAGAGGCUAAAGGAUGUCCGAGCCAAGGUUUCACUCCCGAGGACUGAAGGGAACAUUCUCCAUUAAUAUUCCAGUCACUGCUGCUUCAAUGUUACUCCCUCCUUCAGACCUGUUGGGACCUGGGGAGGGAGAUUAUUGUAUUUCCAUGAAACUCAUGGGCUGUCAUUAGGGGCAUGCCUGUUAAGAUGUACAACUUGUAAGCUUAAAUGGUAAGGUCAACAAACACUGAUACUAUAAUAAUAUUUACAUAAUGGCGGGGGAAAUCAGUUUUCAUGUAGUUCCAUUCAUGCAAACUGGUAUGCUUUACAGAGUAUAUAUAUCUCUGUUUAUAGGAAUAUAUAUAUAUAUAUAUAUAUAUAUAUAUAUAUAUAUAUAUAUAUAUAUAUAUAUAUACACAUAUAUAUAUAUACAUAUAUUUACAAGGUGGUUGCAGAGUCCUUUUAUAUUGAUUCUGCUGGUCUAUGUACAGAAUGUAAUAUACAUUUCAGAUGUAUCAUAUUUCAUUACUGUUUAAUAGUUUUUGACAACUUGACCGUCUUCAGUUCAUGUGUAACUGUUGUCUUGUGACUUGAACCCUGAACUUUGGCACAGGUGAUGUUGUCCACAGGAUGCUGUAAAAGCACUGUGUAGGUUGGACUCUUAAAGAGAAACAGUGCUGCUUAUUCAUUGUAUCCUUGUUCAGCACACCAAGGAUUCAAAUGUUUAUUUAGCUAAGUGGCCUAUUUCCACUGUUAACAUUUGCUUAUACCAAAUGUGGUCUGUUUUGUUUUUAAUUUUACUUAUGAAUGCAUAUCUCAUUUAGGCUUGUUUUUGCACUUUUGCGCUCGCAGAGGAGUUCACCUGUCAUUUUUAUUUUUCCCAAAAGACAUGCUUGUCAAGCAUAAUCUUAAUGGACCAAAUUGCCUAGAAUGGGCCUUUUUGUUUUGUGUGCUACAUUGUUUAUCACAGCAGUGGUGCAACUAGAUCACAUUGAAUGGAACUCCUGUAUCAGGUUGCGACUUUUAUCUGUGGUCUGCAUGAAGAGAAAUUUAAUUUAGAAAAAGCCCUCUCAUCAAACCCUGCAAAAUUGUUUGUUAUUUCCAUUUCUAUUCAUAGCCUUACCAUGAUUUCUUAAUUGCCUUUUGAAAAGGGUGGAAUGAGAGGAGGAGAGAGCACACUCUCCACUGUCUCAAUAAAGUUAUAUUUGGUUUA